UCCACGAUCGCGCGCGGAAGUUUGUACCGUGUCGGUUAUUAAAAUACUCUCGAUUCUCCAAACGACUUCUCCAAAAGUCCGCGUGUGUACUCAGCCACGACGACGACCGAGAAUAUAUUAAAAGGAUAAAUCCUCCGAUAAUGAUAAAAAAGCUCGCAUGAACUGCUAACACAUGACAGCUAAUAGUGUCGUGUAGCUCGAUAUUGUUUUUAGUUUCUAUAUUCUUAUCGGUUGCCAGCCUGAUAACCAGUCUCGGAAAGGAACGAAAAAUAGGUUGAUCAUGUUGGGAGAAUGUGGAAUGAACGAGAGGGAGAGACUGGCCCUCAGGAGAAACUCGGUCACUCUCUGUAAAGAGAUGGUGGUGGAUGAUCUUCUGGUUCAGUGUCUGCAAAGAGAUGAAGUUCUUACGGACAACAUGGCAGAGAGCAUAAUGGCUCAAUCAACAUCCCAGAGCAAGAGUUCUCUUCUGUUGCGUUUUUUGCCUAAACGUGGCCCUCAGGCAUUUCACAACUUCUGCGGCGCUCUUCGUGAAACUGAGCAACAUCACCUUAGCCGAUUGCUCAUGCAGUUCACAGAGAAAAAUAAAAGGUAUUCUGAGCCUUCGCUAAGUCUUCCAACCCAAGAAUGUGUGACACCACCGAAAAGAGCCCGAACUCAUGAGUCCAUGGAGAUGUCUUUGGAUGCAGAUUGUCCCAUCACAACAGCUGUACUCCCUUGCACACCUGAAUUCUAUGAAUCUCGAAAAUCACAGGCUUAUCCAAUGCGCUCCAGUCCUCGAGGUCUGGCCCUGGUUCUGAGCAACGUGAGGUUUGACUCGCGUUUAAACGCAGAUCUGGACGUCCGUAGGGGAGGAGAGGUGGAUGAGGAGGUUCUAAGGAGGCUUUUUGUGGAGCUGGACUUCACAGUCAUUCUGCGCAAGGACCUCACAGCAGAGGCAAUGCGCCUGUGCAUAGAGCAGUUCUCCCAGCGUCAGGAACAUGCAGAUUAUGACUGCUGCGUUGUGUGUCUGCUGUCUCACGGUAUUGAAGGAUCGAUCUACGGGACUGACGGAGAGCUUCUGAUGUUGGACUGGGUGUUUGAGGUAUUUGAUAACGCCCGGUGCCCUCUGCUACAGAACAAGCCAAAGAUGUUUUUCAUUCAAGCCUGUCGAGGAGAUGAGAUGGACAAUGGUGUGGAUCAGUUGGAUGGCCAGGAAAGGACUCAAUCUCCUGGCUGUGAACAGAGGGAUGCUGGGAGAGAGGAGGAGAGAGAUGCCAAAGAGAAAGAGGCGAAAGACAGAGAGAGACUGAGAGUCAAACUGCCGCAGAGAUCAGAUAUGAUCUGCGGCUUUGCCACCCUCAAAGGUUUUAGCACCGCUGCUAUGAGAAACACCAAGAAAGGAUCCUGGUUCAUUCAGGAACUCAACAAAGCCAUCAGACAAAGAUCCAAUGAGACACACAUGUCUGACAUACUCGUGCAGGUGAACGGUGAGAUUAAAUGCAGAGAGGGAUACGCACCUGGUUCAGCUCAUCACCGCUGCAAAGAGAUGUCUGAGUUCACCAGCUCCCUCUGUAAAGACCUCUACCUCUUCCCUAAGUACUGCCCCAACAACUAACACACACACACACUCAACAAGGACUCCUCACUUCUGCCCAUUCAACUGAUUAUUUGCAGUGGCAGGAAGCCAAGCAGCCACACUUGCACAUCCGUCACCCACCCUGCGCAAACACAUAGUGAUGUCAAUCGAAUCAGAUUCCAUACGGCAUUCAUGUGCCUCGGCACAAUAACAGGCGCAUUAGAAGGCCUGUGUUCAGGAUGCAUUCAGACCAUGCAUAAAUGCACAAGCUCUCCAAAUCGGUAUUUCUUUCAAUGAAAUUUGUCGGCAAGUAUGUGUGAAAAAUAUAUCCGUUUUCAUUUUUUUGUGAUUUUAAACUGGGGUUUGGGCUUCAUAAGUAAUCUUAAAACUUUUGUAUUCCAAGCAUUUUUAAAUUCACCCGCCAUAAGCCGACAAGAUUUUUAUUGAUAUUCUUUACUCAAUAGAUAUAUUUUGUCUACUUGUUGUCUGUUUUCUUUGUACAGUUUGUUUUAUAAGUGUUCAUGUGUUUAGUAAUUGUGGAGCCUUUACAGCCAAACCACAACCAUCAUAAAGACACCAUUCAACAAUCGUAUCUCAUAAACACACAAAUACCGGUCUAUGCAUAUAUGUGCAUACUGUGAUUGUGUCAGUAAUUUACUGAACCCUUCCUCACUUUGUCAGGCAUGAGAUAAUAGGUGCUAUCUAAUAGCAUUUGCAUUUCUAACUGCAGCUCACUCAGCUUUUGCCUGGUGUUUUUACUGCAACAGUGACAUUACAUUUAUAGUAUAACAAUACUUAGCUCUUAUGUAUUUGUCAUGGCAGCUGUUUUUGACUACUAAGGUUUUCUAUGCUUAACCUUUAUCAUUCCUUGCUCAUUGCUUUGCUUGGCUCAAAAUAGGUCAUUCGGAUUCCUUUUCGCACAUUAUCCUUAUAUUUUGCAUAUCAACAUGUUUAAUCAUUCUACAAGUAUUUGUGCAAUUCCAAAAACUUCCAGAUUUGCAUUCCAAAUGCAGUUUCCACUUGGGACCUUAUUCACCCUACUUUUAUAAUGAAAUGUAUAUAUUCUCAUCAGUUUUUAUUGUUAUUCCAUGUAUAUAUGAGGCAGUUAUUUUUGCAUAUGUUCUUGCACAUUUCCUUUCACUUUAAAUAGAGUGCCAGUGAAGUCUUGUUAAUGGAGGCUGAAAUAAUGCUUUGCCUUUAAACACCAUUGGGUGGCAGUAGAGAGCUACUCGUCAGUUACCAUUUGCCACAUAAAGGUUCAAAUGUUUGGACAUACACAGUCUUCCUCUUCUGCACCGCAUUUCUCUUGGGCAUGCAGACUGUACAUUUGUGUGUGCUGGUAUUCCUCGGAGUGUGUCUUCCUUAUCCAGUUGACAUUUCGUUUAGAUCAAAGGUCACAGCCUUUCACCUUUUGACACGGCUUUGGCAUCUCUCCAGCUCUCUUCUACAUUUCACACUUGACACCUUUGAUUUAUCGUUCAACAUUGAAUAGUUUUUUACUGUUUUGGCAGCCAAAACGAUACAUUUUCUUUGUUGAGGGUGAAAUGCUUUCACGCGUUGCUUUUUGAUGUUUAAACUAAUGUUUUUUUGGAAUAAUAAUACGGGCAUGAAUUGAAUGUUGUUUAGGUCUAACCUUAUCAUCUUAAAUAUGAAAAUAAGAAGACACUUUUAAUUGUAUAUAUACUUUCUUAACUCCAACUCAUGCCAUGAUGAUUCCAAAUGGUAUUUAAAAAGCUAUCAAAGGUAUUUCUAGAAGGUAUUUAAACUAAUGACCUGAAUAUGUUAUUUUUAUUACCAUAUUAUUUUAAAAUCAUAAAUGUGGGAAAUUAAAAUUUGUAUACCAGAGAAGUUUAUAAUUUUAGCCAAAGUGUUUUAUGAGCGGUGUUUCUCUUUCCAUUGACAUCAGAGUGUAUUCUCCAUAUCAACAGAUUAACGCCAGGAAAACAAAGCUGAAAUCAUAAAAACAAAUUGUAUUUAUGGAUAUGGAUUUCUCAGGCUAUGUUUAUCUAGUGUUGAAGAUGUGUGGUAAUUGUAAUAAAAAUGUAAUAAUUCUAUAAGUUCACCAUUUAAAGUGUUUAAAUGCACAGAGAAGCAUGUUCAGCUAUGUAUUGUACUUUAUGUAAAAGAUGUAUGUCUGUUUUAAGGUCUCCAGUUUAACUGUUCCUAACUGUAAAUGGAUUGGUGUCAUUCACUGCCCAGUCAUCUGUACUACUAACCAGCUAUGGAGGUGCUUCAAUCAGCUAUUGGGAAACUGCCAUUUUUCUAUUUCAAAAGCAGCCAUGUAAUAAAACAAUUACUGUUCUAAAGAA